AUGCUGCCGAAACUCUCUCUCAUCAGAGAGUACAAGAUCAGCCAUUCAGGGGUGGGAUGGUGUUUGAAGUUUUGGAAGAUGAUGGAGGCGUGCAUUGAGUUUUCCACAAAACCAUGUUUUGAGGGUCGAUUUGAUGGACUUGUGGCUUCUGGGGAAACUGCGGAGAAGUGGUGUGCGAGAGCCAGAAGGUUUCAGCUUGGUCUGGGUGUCAGAUUGAUGGGAGAUCAAGAUAGUAUCGGAUGUGGGUCGUCGUUGUUGAAUGUUUUGUUUGAAUUUAUAGGGCAGGUCUGUGAUGGGUUUAUUCAAAAUAAUAAGGGUGACUUUGCAGUUAAUGCAGCUGCUAAUCAGGAUUUGAGGAAUCAUACUGUAAAUACAAAAUAUGAAGUUAGGAUUUUGCUGGAUAAUGAAGCUUUAAAUGCAAUUAGGUAG